UCAGAGACUGAGGAUGUGAUCCUCGUAGAAAGCAAAUCUGAGAUAAUUGUUAUACCUGAUGAUGACGAGGAGGACGGAGCUGAUAUUGCAGAACCAGUUCAAGAGACAUCUGAGCAGGACCUGACGUCCAUCACAGAGUAUUUGAUUCUUAAUUUGAUCAGAAAUAGCGGAAAAAAGCCUUUUAUUGACUUUUAACUGCUUUUUCUUCCCCCUGUUCCCCCACAGACAAAACAAAGACGAAGAAGAACUUAAACCAAGUGAAGAAGAGGUUAACGCAAAUGAAAUUCCCGGGGUGACAGAUGACAUGAAAACCAUGACGGAGUCUCCCCCUCCGGCGAAGCGCAGCCGGCCCGGGAAUGAGAGCAGCAGGAGAGUAACCUUCAACCCCAACGUGCAGGAGAGAGCCCUGCACCCGGUCACUGAAUCGCCCAAGCCUGUAACACUUAAGGAAGCAGCUGAUAUCGUGGUCCGCUACCUGGACCCUUUUUACACUCAGGGAAAGUUUGCCACAAAGGAGCUGUUUAAGUCUUUCGCUCGCUACUUGUCUCACCUUCUUACAGAGGGAAGGAGCAGGGGGAAAGGCCAAGUGAAAGCAGAGGCCAAGGCUCUCAUCAAGAAGUUCUUCAGCAGCGUCCAGCGCUGUGAGAGCGAGGCAGACUGGAAGCACCUUAAGAGACCUCACAGCUGUAAAACCACAGCCAAAAGUGAAUGAAUGGGGGGAGGAAAUGUGUAGCCCUUCCUCUUUGACAGUGCCUAAACUUCUCCGGUUACGAUGACCUCAGGCUUUGUCACAGAUGCCUGCUGACGAGGUUUAUGGUCCACUUGCUGCUAUUUUGUUAUUCUUUUAAAAUGUUUUCCAGGAUGGUUGCUGAUACUGUAACUUGGGUUAAUAAAUAGUAAGCAAUAAAACAGGGACAGUUUUUCAGCCUGAGAGAUCAGACAGAUGCAUGUGUGAGACUUCUUUUUAAACUGCAAACAGUGUGUAAUUCACAUGGUCUUAUUACAUCACAGUGCAGAGUUAUGCAAACCCAGUGGUGCUUGGAGCAGGAAGCCAGCUGAGGUUUUUCACAGGCUUCUCAUAGCAGGAAAAGCAGAGGUAUAAUUAUUGGCAUUCAAACAACUGCGUGCGAUUUUGAGCAAGCUGGUUUGGGGAUCUUCCGAUGUUGCCAUACUGGAACAUUUAAUCCCUUCUCUGUGUGUGUGUGUGUGUGUGUGUGUGUGUGUGUGU